AUGGUAUUAGCCUGCCUCACCUGGGUAUUGUCCACAAUCAGCAUCCUGCUAACGGCGACGGGAGCUCGGAUGCUGGAGGUGCUGGGGGUAGACAGGGAGGAAAAGGCUGACGCCCUGGCGGGGAAGUUUCGUAUUGUGCUGUCGGAGGAGGUCUUGGUGGGGAGGCCCGUCGAGUGUGCGGACCUCCUUAUUCGGGACCUCGACGACAGCGUCACCGAAAGGGACGUUGCAGUGGCGGUGACUUUCAUGGGUGGGUGCCCGGUCGAUGCGAUCAAGCCGGGGAAGAUUAUGAGGCGCGGGGGACGGGGUAUAGGGGAGAUGUUCCUUCUGUGUCCGGUCGCUGCCGCCGAGAAGGUGAGGAAUGGGAAGCUCCUCAUUGGGUGGAGCUCCUGUCGGGUAGAAAUCCGGCAGGACCGCCCUCUGAGGUGUUUCAAAUGUCAGAAGUUGGGACACGUGCGUGCCACCUGUGACUCGGCGGUGGCGUGUUUUCGAUGUGGGGUUGUGGGCCACAAGGCCUAUGAGUGCAGCUCGAAAGAGCAUUGCGCGGUCUGCUCAGCGGCUGGAAAGCCGGCAGACCAUAAAAUGGGUGGUAGGGCUUGCAACCCUCCGAAAGUGACGAAGGGCCUGGGUGCCCCAAGGACUGGGACAACUGUGGGGAACGCACCCAUGGAGUUUGGUGUGACACAACCAUCAUAG